GUCCGCCCCUCGGCGCGGGGGACGCGGGGCGCAGGGGAGCAGAGCGGCGCGCACUGGCAGGGGGACGCAGCUCCCAUCGCCGGCUAGCGCGGGCUCCCUCUCGCGUGGCCUCGCCGGCCCCGGCUGGCCUGCCCACCUCCGGAGCCGCCUCUGCCGCCGCAUGGGCUGGGGAAGUUGGGAGGAGCGAGCAGGAGCCCGCGCCGGGCGUGCCCCGCCACUGCCUGACUCGGCGCCCGCAGUCCGGGCGCAGCGUGCCUGCAUCAGGAGCACGAAUGCCCCGCGGAGCUGCGGGCUGGCAGGUCUGGGGUCCUGAGGCUGCUGGCAGACUAUGGGUACAACGGCCAGCACAGCCCAGCAGACAGUCUCGGCAGGCAGCCCCUUUGAGGGCCUCCAGGGAAGUGGCACGAUGGAUGGUCGGCACUCCGUCAGCGUCCACUCCUUCCAGACCACAAGCUUGCAUAACAGCAAGGCCAAGUCCAUCAUCCCCAACAAAGUGGCCCCUGUUGUGAUCACGUACAACUGUAAGGAGGAGUUCCAGAUCCAUGAUGAGCUGCUCAAGGCUCAUUACACGCUGGGCCAGCUCUCAGACACCACCCCUGAGCACUACCUGGUGCAGGGCCGCUACUUCCUGGUGCGGGAUGUCACUGAGAAGAUGGACGUGCUGGGCACCGCAGGAAGCUGUGGGGCCCCCAACUUCCGACAGGUGCAGGGUGGGCUCACUGUGUUCGGCAUGGGACAGCCCAGCCUCUCAGGGUUCAGACGGGUCCUCCAGAAGCUCCAGAAGGACGGACACAGGGAGUGCGUCAUCUUCUGUGUGCGGGAGGAACCUGUGCUGUUCCUGCGUGCAGAUGAGGACUUUGUGUCCUACACGCCUCGAGACAAGCAGAACCUUCAUGAGAACCUCCAUGGCCUUGGACCCGGGGUCCGAGCAGAGAGCCUGGAGCUGGCCAUCCGGAAAGAGAUCCAUGACUUUGCCCAGCUGAGUGAGAACACAUACCACGUGUACCACAACACCGAGGACCCAAGGGGAGAGCCCCAUGCCGUGGCCAUCCGUGGCGAGGAUGACGUGCACGUGACGGAGGAGGUGUACAAGCGGCCCCUCUUCCUGCAGCCCACCUACAGGUACCACCGCUUACCCCUGCCCGAGCAAGGGGGCCCCCUGGAGGCCCAGUUGGACGCCUUUGUCAGUGUUCUCCGGGAGACCCCCAGCCUACUGCGGCUCUGCGAUGUCCAUGGGCCUCCCCCAGCCCUCGUCUUCAGCUGCCAGACGGGCGUGGGCAGGACCAACCUGGGCAUGGUCCUGGGCACACUCAUCCUGCUUCACCACAGUGGGACUACCUCACAGCCAGAGGCUGCCCCCAUGCAGGCCAAGCCCCUGCCCUUGGGGCAAUUCCAGGUGAUCCAGAGCUUUCUCCGCAUGGUGCCCCAGGGAAGAAGGAUGGUGGAGGAGGUGAGUGAGGUGGACAGAGCCAUCACUGCCUGUGCAGAAUUGCAUGACCUGAAAGAAGUGGUCUUGGAAAACCAGAAGAAGUUAGAAGGUGUCAGACUGGAGCGCCCAGCCCAGGGAAGCGGCAGCCAACACAGCAUCCGGCAGAGGGCACUGUGGAGCCUGGAGCGAUACCUCUACCUGAUCCUGUUUAACUACUACCUUCAUGAGCAGUACCUGCUGGCCUUUGCCCUCAGUUUCAGCCGCUGGCUGUGUGCCCACCCUGAGCUGUACCGCCUGCCCAUGACGCUGAGCUCAGUGGGCCCCAUGGCUCCGAGGGACCUCAUCGCUGAGGGCUCCCUGAGGAAGGACGAUCUUGUCUCCCCGGAUGCGCUCAGCACUGUCAGAGAGAUGGAUGUGGCCAACUUCCGGCGGGUGCCCCGCAUGCCCAUCUACGGCAUGGCCCAGCCCAGCGCCAAGGCCCUGGGGAGCAUCCUGGCCUACCUGACGGAUGCCAAGAGGAAGCUGCGGAGGGUCAUCUGGGUGAGCUUACGGGAGGAGGCGGUGCUGGAGUGUGACGGGCAUACGCACAGCCUGCGGCAGCCUGGGCCCCCCAUGGCACCUGACCAGCUGGAGACCCUGGAGGCCCAGCUGAAGGCUCAUCUGAGCGAGGUUCCCCCAGGCAAGGAGGGCCUCCUGACCCACAGGUUCCAGACCUGCCUCACCAUGCAGGAGGUCUUCAGCCAGCACCGCAAGGCCUGCCCCAGGCUUACCUACCAUCGAAUCCCUGUGCCGGACUUCUGUGCUCCCCGUGAGGAGGACUUUGACCGGCUGCUGGAGGCUCUGCGGGCUGCCCUCUCCAAGGACCCAGGCACUGGCUUCGUGUUUAGCUGCCUCAGUGGCCAGGGCCGGACCACGACCGCGAUGGUGGUGGCUGUCUUGGUCUUCUGGCACAUCCAAGGCUUCCCCGAGGUGGGUGAUGAGGAGCUCGUGAGUGUGCCUGAUGCCAAGUUCACUAAGGGCGAGUUUCAGGUAGUAAUGAAGGUGGUGCAGCUGCUGCCUGACGGGCACCGUGUGAAGAAAGAGGUGGAUGCGGCGCUGGACACAGUCAGUGAGACCAUGACGCCCAUGCACUACCACCUGCGGGAAAUCAUCAUCUGCACCUACCGCCAGGCGAAGGCAGCUAAAGAGGCACAGGAGAUGCGGAGGCUGCAGCUGCGGAGCCUGCAGUACCUGGAGCGCUAUGUCUACCUGGUUAUCUUCAACGCGUACCUCCACCUGGAGAAGGCCAGCUCCUGGCAGAGGCCCUUCAGCACCUGGAUGCGGGAGGUGGCAUCGAAGGCUGGCAUCUACGAGAUCCUCAACCAGCUGGGCUUCCCCGAGCUGGAGAGUGGGGAGGACCAGCCCUUCUCCACGCUGCGCUACAGGUGGCAGGAGCAGAGCUGCAGCCUUGAGCCCUCUGCCCCUGAGGACUUGCUGUAGGGGGCCUUACUGCCUGUCCCCCACCCACAGGGCCCCACGCAGGCCUGGGGUGUCUGAGGUGCUCUUGGCUGGGAGUGGUCCCGGGGGUUGCUGGCCUUGAGGAAAUGAUUCCUCCGCUUCCUGGAGAGACUGAGUGGAGUUGGGAGCCUUUUUGAAAAGAGCUUUUUAUAGGACAAGGAAACAGCAGUCAUCCCUCACAAACCACGGGGGUGUGUGGCUGGCCUCCAGGGGGGCUCUGCUGUGUGCACCUUGCAACAGCCUGGUGAUCGGCCUCCAAGGAACUCACUCCCAUAGUUGCCAAACAUUGUGGAUCUCUCUGUCCUCUUCUCCCUGCUCUCAGAUUGGCCUGGCAGCCCCUGGCACAGAGCAGACUCGGUCACUGGUAGCUCCCCAUGUCCUUACUCCUGCUGCUCUGCCAUUGCUGCUCCCCUUCUUGCUGCCCGAGCACUGCCCUCGGGCCUCUGACAGCCUGAGGGUGGAGGGGACAGUGUUCUGGAUGGAUCUACUAUGUGGAAGGCAGCUUCACUCAGUUUUCUGGACUCUCAUGUCCCUAUCUCCAACCUAGUAGACUUCAGGAAGGACAACCUGUGUGGCCUGGUGGGGCUGGCAGGAGGGUGGAGGUUUCUCAAGGAGCCGGAAGCCUCAGGGAGCCCCUCUCAGGAGGAGGAAAGAGCUUCCAGAAGGCGGACGCAGCACAGUGAAAGAGGCCCGCUCCACUUGCCUGGGAACCUGGAGCUGCAGGACCCACAGCACUUCUCCCUGCCCCGGCAGCCCAGGAUGGCCUGGUGCCCCCACCUGCCACAGCAGGAGUCCCAAGAAGUGCCGGCCAAGGGCGAUUGCUGGGGUAGUCCUCAUGGACAGUGAGGUGUGCAAGGGUGCACUGAGGGUGGGGGAGGGAAUUAUCUGGGCUCCAGGCCGUCCUUAAUGAGCAUCUUUGAGCUGCCUCCCAGUGGGAGCUGAAAAGGCCAAACCCUGUUGAGUUAGAGGCCCCUGGGAUCCACUCUGUCCACACAGCAGGAAGGCUUCUGGGCACGGGCGGCAGAGAAGUGCCGUGUUUGAGUUGAGCCCUGCAGCUCUUCCGGCUGGGGACUGGCGCUUGCUGAAACCCAGGAGCUGAGCAGUGAGGAGGCUGUCCACCUUGCCUGGCUCACUGGGACCAGGAAAGCCUGUCUUUGGUUAGGCUCAUGCACUUCUGCAGGGAAAGAAACAAAAAGAAUGUGUCGUUGUCAUGAUAUUUGAAAAUGGGAGGAGGCUGAAGCUGUUCACAUUUACCCAGUAUUGGAAAAUAUUUGACCCCCUUGGCUGAAUUCUUUUGCAGAACUACUGUAUGUCUGUUCACUACCUUUUCAGGUUUAUUGUUUUGAUUUUUGCAUGAAUUAAAAUGUUUUAAUUUUUUUGCAGACAAGCUGUAGAUACAGAGUCAGAGAUGGGAUUGAAUGGGGAGGUAUUCUUUGUGUUCUUAUGGUUGGCUCUGACUUUCAGCUGUGCUGGGACCACUGGCAGAUCACAUCACCUCUCUGCCUCAGUUUUCCCAUCUGUAAAAUGGGAGACUAAUACUUGCCUACCUACCUGCCUACCUACCUCACAGAGGUGUUGUGAGGAUUUAUUCGUGAUUUUUUUUUUUUUGUACAGAGCUUUUAAGCAUUAAAAACAGCUAAAUGUGAGUA